GAAGAAGAAGAGGCGACACAGGACGAUCUUCACGAGCUACCAGCUGGAAGAAUUGGAGAAGGCCUUCAAAGAAGCCCAUUACCCCGACGUAUACGCGAGGGAAAUGCUGUCCUUGAAGACAGAUCUCCCAGAGGACCGAAUUCAGGUUUGGUUCCAGAAUCGCCGGGCCAAAUGGAGGAAGACGGAGAAGUGCUGGGGCAAAAGUACCAUCAUGGCAGAAUAUGGUCUGUAUGGAGCUAUGGUUCGCCAUUCACUCCCUCUCCCGGAAACCAUCUUGAAAAGCGCCAAAGAGAGCGAGCAAGUGGCUCCUUGGCUACUAGGUAGCCUGUUGUCAUUUGAGAUGCAUCGCAAGAGCAUGGAAGCAGCGGAACAGCUGAAAGCCGUCGAGGACGGAGAGACCCCGGAGACCCACGAUAAGGGCAGUGGACAUCAUUCCGACACGUCCGACGAACCGAACAAAACCCACCAACCUCACCACCAUCAUCAAAAUCUCAGCGAGCAGCAGCACGAGUCGCAAUGCAUGGCGAGCAUGAUGUCAGAGGCGCAAGACUUUCGGACGAACAGCAUAGCAGCCCUGAGGGCCAAGGCCCAGGAACAUUGUGCUCGGAUCCUGAGCAAUUGUGUCGCCAUUCACGAUGUGUCUCGUGAUAGCAGCAGCCCUUCCACCAGCCAUAGCGUGGACUCUCUCUCCCAUUCUGACCCCGUCUAUUGAUUGAACUGACAAAAUCCCUCAUGGAGCUAGGCAUAAUUGCAGGUCUCCAGUGUAUGUUCUGCGUAUCUGUCC